ACGAAUCUCAUUGUGCCCGAAACUCCUCGACCCAUGCUGGAACCGAUCAAUAAUACUCGUAACUACCGUAUGCACGGAAAAAAGGGGAAAGAUGAAAAGACGUGGUUCGAUGGACGGGAAAUGCGCUAUAUUUACUGUAUCCGGCCGGCCAAAUGUGAGCCGAUACGGCACAAGUCGUGCCUCGGAUCCACAUUACCAUACGCGUCGAUCAGUCUAGAUUUGACUGAUUCGUAUAGUCAGGAAGAAGCGCACAACAAGCUGUACCAAUACAAUGCGCUGCGCCAUGUCCCCAAGUGUUGGGCCGUGAUUCAGCCGUUCCUGUGUGCCGUGUUCACCCCAAAGUGUGAAAAGAUUAACGGUCAAGAAAUGGUGUAUCUUCCAUCGUUGGAAAUGUGCAAAAUCACACUCGAACCAUGCCGGAUUCUCUACAAUACAAGCUUUUUCCCAGCCUUUCUACGCUGCAAUGAAACACUAUAUCCGUCCAAAUGCAACAACGAUGUGCGCGAGGAGAUGAAGUUUAACGCGACCGGGCAGUGUUUGAAGCCGUUGGUUGCGGCCGAUCUGCCCGCCAACUACUACAAGGACAUUGAUGGAUGCGGGUUGCAGUGCAAAGAUCCGCUCUAUAGCGACCACGAGCACCGGCAGAUACACAAGCUGAUUGCUUGGGGUGCUGGCAUGUGUCUCACGUUUAAUAUCUUCACGCUUGCCACGUUCGCCAUCGAUUGGCACAACGCGAACAAAUAUCCGGCCUUGGUAAUAUUUUAUAUUAAUUUCUGCUUCGCCAUGUCGUGCCUCGGAUGGCUGGCACAGUUCACUCCGGGCGGCCGGGAAGAUAUUGUAUGUCGGAAAGAUGGUACCCUACGCACGGCAGAACCAAGCGCUGGUGAAAAUCUCUCCUGCAUCGUUGUUUUCAUCCUUGUGUACUACUUUGUGAUCGCAGCCAUGGUGUGGUUCGUUAUCUUUAUGUACGUUUGGCAUAUGAGCUUUAAGGCGAUUGGAAAAAUACAGGACCGGAUUGAUAAGAAGGGUUCCUACUUCCAUCUGAUCGCCUGGUCGCUACCGCUUGUCUUAACGAUCACCAUCAUGGCGUUGAGCGAGAUCGACGGCAAUAGCAUUGCCGGUAUCUGUUUCGUAGGAUAUCUCAAUCAUCCGAUCCGUGCCGGAUUAUUGCUCGGGCCAGUUAUUUGCGUUUUGCUCAUCGGAGGCUAUUUUCUUGGCCGCGGUCUACUGACAUUGAUCCGGUUGCGCAUCUCGAGCAAGGAGAUUAUCUCGGCCCGUGCAAGCCGCAAGAUUCACCAGACUAUUGUGAGGAUGGGUAUUUGCACGUCGUACAUAUUCGUCUGUAUCGUAACGACCGUCUUGUUCCAUGUGCACGAGUUCCGACACAGCUCUUCCUGGGCUAGCGCACUGCGUGAUUAUAUCAUAUGCAAGAUCGGAGCUACAUUUACGGAUGAUCUAUCUGGUGGUGCAGGCGGUGGCUGUCGUGUCGAGCAUCGACCGAGCGUGGCAAUAUUGCAGCUCCACCUGAUCUGUUUGUUCGGGUCCGGUAUCAUCAUGUCUUCGUGGGUGUGGACUAACUCGACGCUCGAAUCCUGGAGUCGGUAUUUUCGGCGACGCUUUGGUACCGACACGGACGAACCGGUCAAGCUGCAGAAGCAUAAGGUCAUUGCGCAAGCUUUCGCAAAGCGUAAGGAGUUCCAGAACCAGGGCCGGCUUUCCAUUUCGUUUCACAACUCGCACACCGAUCCAGUUGGUUUAAAAUUCGAUAUCAACUCGGCGAUCGGAAGUCACGAUUUCAGCUCUACGUGGGCAAACAAUCUGCCGCGAUUCGUAAACCGAAGAUGCGCCUUGACCGGGGCGGCCACCAGCUCCAGUCACGAUCCGCGAAAAAAUUCGGUCGACUCGGAGAUUAGCUUCAGCGUGAGGCAUGUUUCGGUCGAAUCCCGGCGCAACUCGAUCGACUCACAGGUUUCGGUUAAAAUUGCCGAGGUAAAGACGAAAGUUGCCAGCCGGAGUAGCCGAGGGCCAGUUGGAGGAGCGAGUGGCAGCAAACAUCACAAGGCGACGCGCUCCAGUAGAAGGCGGGAUUUCGGUGGUGGUUCGGGAGCAACGGUGGGUAGAAGGUUCGGCCGGAAGGAGAGCAGCACCUCGGUGGAAUCGCAGAUUAUAACGGCGGCCCUGCAAAAAACAACCGGAAGACACUCAAGUGGAAACAGUACACUUCCAGCUGCGGGAUCGUUCGGUGCGGGUAAUAUGCAACGGCGUACCGGGAUCGGGGCAAUGGACGCUGAUCAGAUAAAUGAUCUCAUCUCUAACGGCAAACUGUUGCUGCCGUUUUUGCACCAACAAGGGUUGACAACAUCCGAGGACGAUAACGUUUCCGUCGGCUCAUUUAAGAUGCACGAUUCUAAGUUUGACAUCAUUCUCAAGCAGAUCGAGAACGGCCAUCAUCAGCAACACAGUGGACGGGCGGUUGUAGGUGUUAGCAGCGGUGUGGUCACAAGUGUGGCAGGGACGGGCAACAGCGGAUGUCGUAUCGCGGAGUAUCGUAGCAGUGAUGAUGACGAAUCGGAAGAAGAGGAAGAAGUCGAUGGUGUGGCCGAACGGCAAACGAUGCUAAGUGGCACAAGGAUCGCCGGAACCUUGCGACCAAUAUUGGCAGCUCCGGGACGCGAUGGUGGUGAGACUGUCACGGAUAGAAUGGAUGUCGUUGGAGGGAACGACGAUGGUGCGGAACCGAUGCGUGGUAGCAAGGAAGGCGGCGGACGCUCAGCGAACAAGAGUAGCGCAAGCAAAAGCGGUCGUAAUCGAAAAGGAACCGGUGGAGUUGGUACGGGUGGAAGUUUACGCCAUGGAACGAUGCGAAAAUCACAACAUCAUCAUCAUCAACACAGCCGUGGUACUUCGAUUCGGAAGGAACGCGAAAAGAAGGAAAAGUCGCGAGCCGGGUUACGGGCCCUAGAACGUGAGAAAGAGCUCGAGCUUCUGGAGCGGGCUGGGAUUGAACGCACAGGGACAGAUUUAUUGUACGACUUUAAUGAUUCCUCCUUCACCUCGUACUGCUCCGAGCUAUCGCCGCUGAACGUGAACAGUUCCUAUUCCGGUGUAUCAAUCGCAAAAACCAAUUCGAGAAACUCAAAACGAAGCUGCGACGUUGGGAUUCAGACAAAUGCACACGAGAUCGCUACACAGACCAUGUCAUCGUUCGAGUUUAGUGAGAAGGCGAUGAAAAAUGAAGAGAAUGAAGACAUUUACACCGAAAAUCACCAACUGCUUGCUAUUGCAUCCCGAAAAACCCGCGACCCUAGCGAAUCCGGCAUGAGCGAAGCGGAAAAACUGAAAAUGCUUCUUUUACCAUCAAAAUAAUAACUUUGAAGCCAUAGCUAUGAUCGAAGAUGCUGCUCUAUGAACCUGAACAGCUGAUCUUCUGAUGAACUUGAUCGUCUUUAAGUGAACAGCGAAUUGAGGAUGCAAAACAACGAAAUGAAAUUCAGGUGCCUUUUGACCAAUUUUUCUAUGGGUUUUGAAUUAAGAUAUUGUAUAUGUAUGCUAAGCAAGUAAUCAUAGUGAUAACUUUUAAUACAAACAUAUUUGUCAAAAAGUAUAGUUUACCCGACAAGACACCUUGACAAUAUAUUGGGCUGUUGUUCAAUAUGAGAAUCUCCUCACAUAACUCUUGUACUCAGCAGCAGGAGGAUGCUGUCUUGUAAAUAGAAAGUAAACGUACACGCCAUUUACACUCAAUUCUUCAAAAUUGGAGACUAAACCAUACUCAAAAACAAGUAAAAGAAGCAAGACUGACAAAAGUUUAAGAACAGAACAAACAGAAAAUACUCCAGCCAAACAAAGAGAUUGAACAAUAAAGAAGUGCUUCCAAAAUAAUGUAAAUUUUACUUAUACAAAAGACAACGAACGUGACACAAUAUUUCAGAGCAAAACAAAGCAACUUAAAUCCUGUGAAUGGCGAUCCU